AUGGCAACAAGCACAAGAGAACCGAAUCAACCAAAGAAAAAACUCCCGCUAUUUCCCCUUCUCUCUCUUCUCUCUUUCACUUCAAUCUUCUUCCUUCUCUCCCAAUUCAGAAACACUUCAUCCUCCUCCUCCUCUUCAAUCAAAGCUUUCUCUUCAAUUCACAAUUUCCAAAUCGACAACAGCCGCCACCGCGGUUCGUGUGAUUACUCCGACGGAAUAUGGAUCUACGACGAGACGAGGGUUUCGAGAUACCAUAGUACGUGUAAGGAGAUUUUCAAGGGUUGGAAUUGUGUCAAGGGGAAUAAAGCUAAUGGUGUUGAAGUUGCCAAGUGGCGGUGGAAACCUAAUGGAUGUGGUGAUCUUGAUCAGUUUGAUCCUCUUCGGUUUCUUCAGACUCAUACACACACCAGCAUUGGUUUUGUUGGGGAUUCACUAAAUAGGAACAUGUUUGUGUCACUUUUCUGCACUCUUAGGAGUAGUAUCUCUGAUGGACAGGUUAAGAAGUGGAGACCUGCUGGUGCUGACCGUGGAUUCACGUUUCUGACUUACAAUCUCACUAUUGCUUAUCACCGUACUAAUCUUCUUGCACGUUAUGGUAGAUGGUCGGCUAGUGAGAAUGGCGGUACCUUAGAAACACUUGGAUUCAAAGAGGGCUAUAGAGUAGAUGUUGAUGUUCCUGAUAGUACAUGGGCACAAGCUGCAAAUUUCCACGACAUUCUAAUUUUUAACACUGGGCACUGGUGGUGGGCCCCUUCAAAAUUCGACCCUGUGAAUUCACCCAUGCUUUUUUUCAAGAAUGGUCAGCCAGUAAUCCCUCCAUUACGUCCAGAACAAGGCCUGGAUAUGGUUUUAGAGCACAUGAUAUCGUAUGUGGAGGAAAAAGCACGACUAGGUGCAGUCAAAUUUUUUCGUACUCAAUCGCCCAGGCAUUUUGAAGGAGGAGACUGGGAUCAAGGUGGUUCCUGUCAAAGAGAUCGACCUUUAUCGGCAGAACAGGUAGAAGAACUUUUCUCUGUGAAGAACAACGGGACAAAUGUGGAGGUUCGGUUGGUCAACGAACACCUCAAUAAGGCUCUUCAGAGAUCGAGUUUUGUUAUUUUGAACAUCACUUACUUGAGUGAGUUAAGGGCUGAUGCUCACCCUGCUUCUGCUGGUGGAAAAAAGCAUGAUGAUUGCAUGCACUGGUGUUUACCUGGAAUUACAGAUACAUGGAAUGACUUGUUUGUAGAGCAUCUAAAUGUUAUCGAACUUAGGAGUUGA